AAUUUAAUGUCUAAUGUGAAAAUGUCCCAUUGGUAGACUUUGAAAAAUGGAGGAAAGAGACGAUUGUAGUCUGGCAAAGGGUGCAGGCAGCUGACAGGUUACAGUUGGAAAUAUGGUAAACAUGAAGUUGUUAUAAGAUGGAAACGCGACUCAAUAAAGGAGGCAAUACAAACUACUUUUUUUUGUAUAUAGUUGAUUUUCUUUACAUGUGUACUGUAACUGCAGGUCGUUCUCCUUUUUAUUCAGUAUAAUGACCACUACUGUUAAACUUUUCAAGUGUGACGAGUGCCCGUACGAAACGGCAAGACCGAGCGAUCUGAAAUGCCAUUUGAGAACGCAUACCGGCUUGAAACCGUAUGCUUGCAUUAUGUGUGACUACAGAUGUUCAAAAUCAGGAAAUCUAACGAGUCACAUGAAGGUACACACUGGAGAAAAGCCAUUUAAGUGUCCCCAUUGUGAGUACAGCUGCGGUCGUUCUGGUGACUUAAACAGUCAUAUUCGUAUCCAUUCGAAAGAAAAGCCCUACUCCUGCAGUUUCUGCAAUUACACCUCUGCCUACGCGGGGAACCUUAAGACCCACAUGAGAUGUCACACUGGUGCCAGGCCGUACAAAUGUAGCAUGUGUGAUUAUUCGUGCUCAGGCAGGGGUGAUCUCAAACGGCACGAAAUGACUCAUACCGGUGAGAAACCGUUUGCCUGUGAUGAAUGCGAUUAUUCUUGUUCGAGGUUCAGCGCGUUAAGGGUCCACAAACUCAUUCAUACAAAAGAAAAAACUUACAAAUGUACAGAGUGUAGUUAUUCUUCUGCGAGGAUAGCCAAUCUUAAGAGGCAUGUAAUGACUCAUACUGGAGAAAAACCGUACGAUUGUGAAUUGUGUGACUAUGCUUGUGCAACAGUGUCAGAUUUGAAAAGUCAUAUGGUGAUACACACAGGAGAGAAACCUUAUAAGUGCACUGAAUGCAGUUAUACAGCCAGUAGGCCGGCCAAUUUACGCAGGCAUGUUUGGAUUCAUACUGGUGAAACGCCUUUGAAAUGCACAUUCUGUGAUUUCUCUACACGUGAUUUAAGAUCACUUAAAAAACAUAAAUUAAUUCAUAACUGUGAAAAUGAUGUACACAUAUCAUCUGCUUAGUUUUUAAUAUAACACUGUGUAUAGUGAUACCGUUAAAUCAAAUUGUUAAAACCAAAAGCAUAUUUUA